GGAGAGAGGGAGAGCGUGCGAAGUCGAGCGCGGGAAACCUGCCGACGCCAUCGCCGAACCCGCGUCUCUCCGCCCGCCCGCCCGCCUUUCCCUCGACGCCUCCCUCGCCCGCCGUGUGUGUGUGUGUGUGUGUGUGUGUGUGUGUUUGUUGUGUAGUGUGUGUGUGUUUGCUUCUGCGGUGUUUUCUUUUUCUUUUUUCUUUCGUUCUUUUUUUUUUUCUCUUUCUUUUUUUAUUUUACGGUUUGUUUGUUCCGUUUCUUCGGGUUUUGUUUUGGGUUUGGAUUUUUUUUUUCUCUCUCUCUCUCUCGCUUCUCUCUCUCUCUCUCUCUCUCCUUCGGGGCGAACGAGGAGGCUCGCUUUGCCUUCUCUCUCCCUCUCUCUCUCUCUCAGAGGAAAACGCACGCCCUUUUCCUCUCUCUCUCUCUCUCUCUCUCCUUCUCUCUCUCUCUUUCUCACUCUCUCAUUCUCUCUCUCUCUCUCUCUCUCUCUCCCUGCGUUUUGUCUCUCCGGGAGCCCUUCCUGUCUUCGGAUUAUGCGUUGGGUGUGACGCGCGCGCGUGUGUGAGUGCGUGCGUGCGAGAGAGAGGGAAGAUGUCGGUGCAGAAUUACGAGAAAAUCGAGAAAAUCGGCGAAGGAACUUAUGGCGUCGUGUACAAGGCCCAGGACCGGGCGAGCAAGAGGAUUGUGGCGCUCAAGAAAAUCCGCCUCGAGAAUGAAGCAGACGGAGUACCCAGUACAGCUUUGAGAGAGAUAGCCUUACUCAAGGAACUCGACCAUGAUAAUAUUGUUCGACUGCUGGAUGUGGUGUACGGGGACCACAAGUUGUACAUGGUAUUUGAAUACCUGAAUCAGGAUCUGAAGAAGCUCUUUGAUGAAAGCCGUGGAGGAUUACCGUUGGAUCUGGUGAGGAGUUAUAUGCAGCAGCUGUUACGAGGCAUCGCAUUCUGUCAUGCUAAUCGUAUUCUCCAUCGAGACCUGAAGCCGCAAAACCUUCUUAUAGAUGCCAGAGGGUCAAUCAAGCUGGCAGAUUUUGGAUUAGCAAGAGCAUUCUGCCUGCCUUUGAGGGUGUACACACAUGAAGUUGUCACCUUGUGGUACCGUGCCCCAGAGAUUCUCCUCGGUGCCAAAAACUAUUGUACUGCAGUUGAUAUGUGGAGUCUGGGUGCCAUUUUUGCUGAGAUGUUGACGAGAAAAGCACUUUUCCCUGGCGAUUCAGAAAUAGACCAGCUCUUCCGUAUCUUCCGUACUCUGGGAACUCCUGGGGAGGAAGAUUGGCCAGGUGUGACCCAGCUCCCUGACUAUAAGAGUUCAUUCCCACGGUGGGAGGUUGAUGCUGAAAGUUCCAUAGCCCAGCUGGUUCCAUUGUUGAAUGAAGAGGGACGGUGCUUACUCUUGGCUAUGCUGAAAUAUGACCCACGGCAGCGGAUUACUGCAAAGUCGGCCCUCUAUCACCCAUUCUUCGAACCUCUCUCAUCUACUGGCCAAGUGCUAGUCCCACCAAAUCUUAGGUGAUCAGAAACAAGGCCUUCAAGAUUUUUCUUUUCUUUUUAAGGAAUCAUGCAAAAAAUGUUGCUUACCCAGUUUUUUUUAUCAUUUAAAGAAUAUUGUAUAGGUUUACACUAUUCUUGCAUUUUGAUAUUUUGACUAUGUAUAGGUCUAGAGUUUUUGCACAUCUACUGUGCUUUUUAUAUAGAAUACAAAUAGCUUUUUUACCCAAAGUUCUACCAACCUUUCCUCUUUUUAUAUACAGAUAUUUGUAAAUAUACUAUAUAAGGUCCAAGCUUUUGUGCUUUUAUGUAUAGAAAGAAAAAUGUUAAUUUUACCAAAAGUUUCAGGAUCUUGUUUCAAGGAAGUAAGUAUAAAUUGCUAUUUUUGGAAAAAGUUUCAAGUCUAAUUUUAUUUUAAAGAAUAUCAUGAAUUGAUAAAAUUGUGUAUUUUUUAAAUCUAUCAAGUCUGGCUGUGAAUAUUAGAAUAAGAAAUAAUAGAUUA